CAAUCAUGUUACAGCGACAGGACAUAUCUGAUUGCCGCACCUAACCCACGAAGAAAUCGCGAUGUAGCCGAAGUUGUCACUUUUUGAUAUUGCUCCUUUGAGCUUCACUCAACGCACCUGCCAUACGUUCCCCUCGUCGGCCUCAAAAUGUGGCAACCACCACAUGGCCACCAGGGUGCCAUCAAUGUCAACGGUCGGACAUUAUAUGCUUCAUACGACGCAUAUUUCGGGUUUCGAGACGAGAACAACUCUUCACCAAGCACUUCAACAUCAUGACUUCCCCUUCACUUUGGAUCGAACGUGGUCCCAAUGGCCGUCCAUACUAUGUUCGAAGGAAAUCCAAACAGCCUUCUACCUGGCAACUUCUUACUGAAGCAUUGCUCCCUCGAAGCUCUCGCUCACUGUUUACCUCCAGAGACUCGCGUCAGAACAACCACGUCCAGUACGACCCGUCCGAGAGACCGCUUGCGUUGCCUGCACCCCGAUCCCCUACUCCUCAACCUGCACAGACAACGAAUCCUCCACCGAUUGAUCCUACCUCGUACGCUCAACCGCUGCCGGUCAAUAUGUACCUGGUUCCGCCCCAGCAAAAGCGUGAUCGUUCCAGAUCCAAAGACAAGGACAAGUUUGCCCGAAACUCGAACGGAAUGCCUCAACCACCACAGACAUUUUUCGCUGGUCUUCCUCCACCUGCUUUUCCCAUGCAGCCUAUUCCAGGGGCGGCUUACCCAAUACCGCCGUUUCCACAACCACUGCCUUUCACGGUUCCACCACAGCCAUUUCCCGGUGCUCCUCCUGGAGCGGUUCCACCCACAAUGCCUUUGCAGAACCAACUUGCUGGACCACCGAACCUUCCACCGCAGCGUGUCAUGGCUCAGGGCGACCUAAGGUACAAGUGUGAAGUGUGCGGACGAUUUAGGUCUACCCGAUACCAUUACAAGCAUCCUAUUCCACCUGGUCAGCUGCCGGGCAAAACAGUUUGUCGAAGAUGUCGAGAUGAGGCAACGGACAGCGAAGAGGAGACCAGUUCAGGAAGCUCGCGAUCGACCAGAAGACAGCAUCGUGCUCGUCACGACAGAUCUAGGAAUGCGUCAUCGCACCGCCAGAAGCGAGAUGCUUCUCGACACCGAACUCAGUCGGGUCGACGGCUUCAGUUGCUUGACAACGGCCGUGCCCGUUAUACGGAGCAAUAUUACUCCGACUCUACGUCCCCCAGCUCCUCAGAUAGACACUACAAAGAUCGAGAUAGGAGAAGUCGGCAGCCAAGUUCAAUACACGAGGAAGUGGUGAGACACACCCGCAGAUUGCGGCUGUCUCCUGUGGAGCAACGGAGGAUUCACUUUGAAGAUGAACGACGGGAAGGACAACGUCACCAAGAUGGAGAGUCCGACAGUGAUGUUUAUGAGUACGAGACACGAAGACGCAUCGCGGGCCCAAACACCCAUACCACGAGCUCGUCGUCAAGAACAGGUUGUACCUCCCUGCGUACUGCCUCAUGCCAACGCAUACAUUGCAGAGCCACAUGUAUAUUUCCAAGGGCCCCCAGCUUCACGCUGAAGAAAACGAUCAAUAUAGGAGACACCAUUCGAAGGAUCGCCGACGGCGCCGAUCUCGAUCCACACAAGCACCUGGCCAAAAUGAGGACUGGAGUGUAGGUCAUCACCAGACACAUGUCAUGGCGGUGCGGGACCAGGAUAUCUUCCAACCACGUGCCCACUUCGACGAGUCAAGACAUCAAGAUAGACAUCGUCGAGAAGAGCAUGAGCGUCGGUUAUACCAUGCACCCAGCCCACCACCGAUUCGCUCAUCCUCGAUGGGUUACUUGGCAAAGCCAGAUUUGGACGGAGAUGAACGCCACGAAACUAGAUCAGGAAGGCGUCACCAUCGGCGCUCAAGGUCUCGAACGUGGGAAUACGAGGGCGCAGAGUCAAGCCUCUUACGGCCCGGGGACGAGUUGACAGUCAUCGAGAGGCACGGAAGUCGACCUCGAGCUGAAGACUACCACUGGUACGAUGAUGAAGGAAUGCGAGUGCGCGUGCGCGAGAUUUGAAGAUGGUGACGUGGCAUUAUGCAGGAGGCCGCAAGUCACUCUCUUAGCGACUGAUAUUAACCAGAAGGAGGUUGCCUGCCG